AUGUUUGGUGGUGGAAGACAUUUCGGUCUCAGAGGCCAGAGACUGAAUCUCGCUGUUACUACUAUUGCUGGAUUAGAUUUUGCUCUUUUCGGUUACGACCAAGGUGUAAUGGGAGGAUUAUUGACUCUUCCAUCUUUCGUCGCCACAUUCCCUGAAAUCGAUACUGUUCACGAUACGUCCAACUACACAUCCACUAUCCAAGGAAUAUCAGUGGCCAGUUACAACCUCGGUUGUUUCGUGGGUGCCAUUGUUACAAUUUUCAUUGGAGACAUUCUUGGCCGUCGUCGUAUGAUAUUCCUGGGUUCCUCAAUCAUGAUCAUUGGAGCGAUUCUCCAAGCAUCUGCUUUUAGUCUCGGUCAACUCAUUGCUGGACGUGUCAUCACCGGUUUUGGAAAUGGCAUGAGUACAAGUACGGUUCCGACAUGGGCUUCGGAAACAUCGAGAUCUCAUAAGAGAGGGAAAAUGGUCAUGAUUGAGGGUACCAUGAUUACGGGUGGUAUUGCCUUAUCGUACUGGCUUGAUUUUGCAUUCUCUUUCUUGGAACCAAGCACGGUAGCUUGGAGGUUUCCGAUUGCUUUUCAGAUUGUUCCGGCCCUUCUGUUACUUGCGUUCAUUCUUGAGCUUCCAGAAUCUCCUCGUUGGCUUGUUCUCAAGGGGCAAGAAGAUGAAGCUAAGAGCGUUCUUUCGGCGCUUGCGGAUCUUCCUCCAGAUGAUCAUCUCGUCCGCACGGAGUUCGCUGAGAUCAAAGAUACAGUCCUCGAGAUGUCUAGUUACGGUUAUCGUGAUUUAUUUACCAUGGGCCCGGAACGUCACUUUCAUCGUGUUGUACUCGCAUAUUUCAUCCAAGUAUUUCAACAAAUUUCGGGUAUCAAUCUCAUCACCUAUUAUGCAGCUACGAUUUUCGAAAAGUACAUUGGUCUUGACGGCCAAACUUCCCGUAUUCUCGCAGCCGCCAAUGGGACGGAGUAUUUUCUUGCUUCCUUCGUUGCCAUCUGGACAAUCGAACGAUUUGGUCGUCGCGAUCUCAUGUUGUGGAGUUCGGUAGGUAUGGUGGCUAGUAUGGUCAUCCUCGCUAUCAUGAACUACCUUUCCGAAAAACACAUUGGCGGCUCAAGACCUGGUGUCGUCUCCGCCGUGUUCCUCUUCGUCUUCAAUUCAGCAUUUGCAGUCGGCUGGUUGUCAAUUCCUUGGUUACUUCCAGCCGAACUUGUACCCCUCAAAAUCCGUGCUCCAGCCAAUGGUCUCUCCACAUCCGCCAACUGGAUUUUCAACUUCAUGGUUGUGAUGAUCACCCCAGUGGCAUUCAAUUCAAUUGGAUACAAGACCUAUAUUAUCUUUGCUGUCAUCAACGUUUUUAUCAUGCCAGUUAUAUAUUUCUUCUACCCAGAAACUGCAUAUAGAAGUUUGGAGGAAAUCGAUACGAUAUUCAUCAAGACCAAGAGUUGGUUUGGUGCAGUAAGCGUGGCAAGGCAUCAACCGUCAAGAUAUGGAAGAAAUGGGGAACUACUGAUUGAUUAUGAGAAUACGGAAGAUCGCAUUCAUAGGGACCAAAGUGCAGCGGACGGAAGGGAAAUAGGAAAGGAGGAGACCAGCAGCGGUAAUGGAACAGCGGUACAUGCGGAGAAUACACUUGCCGGCGGAGACAGUGAAGAGAGUGUAGCGGAUCCGGAGAAAGGUCGUAGUGGCGUUAUCAGAUAG